CUAGGUCAUUAAGCCACACGACACAGUAAUAUACUCAUUCUAGAAUUCUACCACGUGCUAACGAAAAUUGCACUUACUUUUUUGUCAAGAUGAUGAUGCGAAUCUUCGUAAAGACUCUUACAGGCAAGACCAUAACUCUUCACGUCCGAAGCUCAGAAACCAUUGCCAACGUCAAGGUAAGGAUACAAUAUAAGGAAAAAAUCCCUAGGGACGAGCAGUGGCUUAUCUUUAUCGGAAUUCCUUUGGAGGAUCACCGUACCUUGGCUGAUUACAAUAUCGAAAAAGAUUCAACUCUACACUUGGUUCUUAAGUUGGGAAGCCAUUUGAAAAUCUUCAUAAAGACUUUUAUAGGCAUGACCAUACCUCUUAAUAACGUCCGAAGCUCUGGAACCAUUAGCUACCUCAAGAAAAGGAUACAAUAUAAAGAAGGAAUCCCUAGCGACAAGCAGAGACUUAUCUUUGCCGGAAAACAGAUGGAGGAUCACCGUACGUUGGAUGAUUACAAUAUCCAAAAAGAUUCAACUCUACACUUGGUUCUGGGAGGAUUAUUUAUGCAAAUCUUUGUUAAGUAUUCUGCAGACGAGACCAUAACCCUAGUGGUCCAAAGCUCAAGCACCAUUGACAACAUCAAGGCAAUAAUAAAAGAUAAGAAAGGAUUUUCUACCGACCAGCAGAGGCUUCUCUUUGCCGGAUCUCAGAUGGAAGGUAGCCGUACCUUGGCUGACUACAAUAUCCAACAAGACUCAACUCUCCACUGUGUUCUCAGGUUGAGUGAAUCUAUGCUUAUCUCCAUAAGGACUACUCAGGGAAAGACCAUAGUCCUUGAUGAGGUCAAAAGCUCAGACACCAUUGAAAACAUCAAGGCCAGGAUCCAAAAACAAGAGGGGAUCCCUACGCACAAGCAGAUGUUGAUCUUUGACCUUCAACAGCUCGAGGAUGGCCGUACCGUGGCGGAUUACAACAUCUGGAAUGAUUCAGACCUUCGCGUCCAUUUUUUACGUUGUCCAAUGCAAAUAUUUGUGAUAACAUUCUCUGGUAAAACCAUUCUCUUAGAUGUUGACAGCUCAGACAUGGUUGAGGAUGUGAAGGCAAAGAUUCAAGACAAGGAAGGGAUCCAACCAAACCAACAGAAACUUAUUACGUUUGGUGGCAAAGUACUCAAGGAUGGUCGCACGCUUGCAUAUUACGACAUCAAAGAGUAUUCAACAAUUAACCUUAAUUUUAAUUUAAAUUUCUUUAAAUAGACGUCAUCUUUUCGUUUUUCCUUCUGUUUUUCUUUUCUUGUUUCUAUGCUUUAUAUUAAACUUUUUCUUAUGGACAUGAAAAUUGAUCGGAUGUUUGAACA